UACGACGCAUCGCCUGUGUUCUACUCCAGGUUGGGUCCGUGCUGUUCACAGAAAACGGAGUGAUCCUGCUCGACCUUUGUGACUUCCGACCAAGGGGUUCAAACAUCCAGGCCACCCUCCGUGUGAUGGUCUCGCCCAGCGCUGUGACGUCAGCCCGGACCACCAUGCAGACUGCUGUCAGCACGGGCCAGCUGGGAGAACUGUCUGUAGACACCGACUACUUCACAUUUGACCCUGACUUGCCGCAGUACGACACGCCGGUAGACCUGGUGUUUCUCGUGGACGGCUCCGACAACACCACGGACGCCGAGUUCAGCGCCAUGACGUCAUUCGUCGGCAAGAUGGCGGCGGAGUUUAAACUGGGACCCGACUCCGCCCGAGUCACGGUGGAACAGUACAGCGACCGGCUGAUGUCACUGCUCGACUCCGACAACUUUACCGACGUGUCUGACCUGCAGGCGGCACUGAGGACCCUCGUCAAGCAAGGCGGCGGACGGGCGCUGGCAAGAUCGAGCGUCCAAUCCGUCAGCGGGCUGGUCCAGACCGGCCGACCCAACGUCCCGAAAAUCAUCGUGGCGUUCAGCACGGGGCCAGACGACUCGUCCGGGGACAUCAGCCUGGCGUUCGCCGGGCACUUCGCUCGUCAGCAGGGCGUGGUGAUGUAUGCCGUCGCGCUGGGUGCUGCCGCCGACCGCGGGGCGCUACAGGGCAUGGUCGGGUUCUCCUCCAGCCAGCUCCGGACGGUCCGGAACACCAGGGGGUUUGUGGACCUCAGGAACAGGCUGCCUGCACGAGUCGCCAACGUCGGCGUCUUGUCGUACGGAUGGCUGCAGCUGGCUCACCGGUACGUCCGUGGCUACGCUGACGUCAACUCUAACGUAUACACCGUACUUCAGCUGAACGUCCUGACCCAGCUCAAUGGCAUUUUUUCGGGCGUGGACGGCUUUCAAACGGUCAACUUUCUUCAAACUCGGAACGUCACAUCUUCGGGUUACACCCAAGUCGUGUUCUCGGUGCAGUCCGGGGAAUAUUCGCUGGAGGCGCUCCUAACGGCGUGGCGCGGCGUGGCCCAGUUUCAUGCCGUGUCGUCAUCGCUAUUGGCGCCAGCAGAUCUGCAGGCUUUCUACGCCCGCUUUGUCUUCAUGGCGAGCGCACUGACAAGUGAAGAACCUACCGACAUCAUCAUGGCUUAUGAGGACGAGAUAUUACGGCAGUUCUACACGCUUGUGAGUUCCUCGGAAACCUACUCCAGCAGAAUCUACUAUGCUCAAGUCACCGACGCCUUCAAAUGGAGGAACCUUGGGUACGUGGUGUACCUGCGGAUCGUCGUGCCCAGGGCCAUCCGGGACGACUUUCAGGACUUCCUGUCCACGCAGGUCCGUGAGGGCGGUUUCCCCGGCGCCGAGGCAGGCUCCCUCAGCUUCAACACGGACAGCCGCGCCUUCGGACUCGUCCCGACCGUCGACAUCUUCGUGGACAACUUGGGGAUCCUGCGGGAGAGUCUUCAUGUUUACUCCCCCGCUGUUCCUGUUGAAGUCACACUGCAGUUCUUCGUCGCCAACAACGGCACAGACAAUCCGUCCGGCUCCAAAACGUGCAAGGACAGUAACUCCACCUACGUGGAUUGUUCCCUCCCCGACGCUCCUCUCUCCAGUGAAGAAAACAACUUCGCCUUCAGCGCGUACAUUACCAACUCCGCUAACCUGGAGGACGCCACGGCCAGGAGGGAGGUCGAUGUAGACGUGGACUUUGACAGUUCGGUGUCCUUGCGGCUCGGGCUGGCAAGUACAGGAAGAACCUGGUUCUCUGGACCACAGAUCCAAGUGUCGUUUGCGAACGAAGCAGAGUGCCAACUGUACACCCACAUCUGUCUGACGGUCAACCUCCUGGAGUCUUACCACGACUACGGGGCGGACAACAACGACUUCUGCAUAGAGAUCCCCGGGAAAGACUGCACAUUGCUGCCAUGCGACAGCGGAGUUGACAUUUGUGGCGGCAACUCCAACUGUUUCCAGGAGCCGGGUCAGCUUCCCGUCUGCGAGUGUGUGCAGGGUUACCGCUCACCGACUGACGACGGACACGACUGCCAAGACAUCGACGAGUGUGCGGAGGCGCUGGAGCAGGACGCCCCCGUGUGCGACAGAUCUGCCAACCUGAGGUGCUCCAACACCGCUGGCGGCUACGACUGUAACUGUAGACAAGGAUGGACCAUGGACAACGGAGUCUGUACCAAGUCGAACAGGCUCCACGGCUCCGUUUCCAUACCCGGUGACUUCACGCCUGCGUUGAAUGACCCAACUUCAGUUGCGUUCCAGAGGAUUUCCCUGCAAGUCACUGUGACGAUAACGCAGCUUUUCCGCAUCACGAUCAUCAUCGUCAUCAGGAUCACCAUCAUCAGCUUCUCUCCCGGCAGUAUCGUCGCCAACUACGCCAUCGACAUGCCGGCCGACCAGAACAUCACGGCCGACUCGCUGACCGACGCCCUGGCGGACGCCCUGACCGCAGCGCUGAACGAGACAAACCCGCUCAACAUCGACCCUUCCACCGUCACGGUUUCCGAUUUUAACGAGUGCGCGAACGAGACCACCAACGACUGUUCUGCGUUUGCCACCUGCAACAACACGGUUGGAAGCUUCACCUGCGCGUGUCUACCCGGCUAUAUCGACCAGGACCCGAUAGACGACCCCGGUAGAACAUGCGCGUCACCGCCGACGCCAACACCUACAGCGUCAUUACCACCGCCGACUACUAUAAGUGUGAUUUUACCGAGCUCACUUCAACCGACUGUUCCGGAGUCUCUAGCGACGCUGGCACCGACUGUUCCACCAACACUACCGGCGUCACUAGCCACGCUGGCACCCACCAUCGCCCCUACUAUUCCGGAGUCGCUGGCCACGUUGACACCUACCGUCUCACCAACCAUUCCGGAGUCUCUGGCAACAUUGGCACCAACCGUCUCACCGACUAUUCCGGAAUCUCUGGCGACACUGGCACCGACAGUCUCACCAACUAUUCCCGAGUCUCUUGCUACAUUGGCACCGACUAUCUCCCCGACUCUUCCGGAGUCUCUGGCUACAUUGGCACCGACCGUCUCACCAACUAUUCCGGAGUCUCUGGCCACAUUGGCACCGACAGUCUCACCAACUAUUCCCGAGUCUCUGGCCACAUUGGCACCGACAGUCUCACCAACUAUUCCAGAGUCUCUGGCCACACUGGCUCCGACAGUCUCACCAACUAUUCCCGAGUCUCUAGCAACAUUGGCACCGACCAUCUCACCAACUCUUCCGGCGUCUCUUGCCACGCUAGCACCGACAGUCUCUCCGACUGUUCCAGAGUCAUUGGCGACAUUAGCACCGACCGUUUCACCGACUAUUCCGGCCUCUCUGGCCACGGUGGCACCGACUGUCUCACCAACUAUUCCAGAGUCAUUGGCGACAUUAGCACCGACCGUUUCACCAACUAUUCCGGAGUCAUUGGCCACAUUGGCACCGACCGUCUCACCAACUAUUCCGGAGUCAUUGGCUACGCUAGCACCGACCGUCUCUCCGACUCUACCGGAGUCUCUGGCCACAUUGGCACCGGCCGUCUCUCCGACUGUUCCAGCAUCUCUGGCUACACUAGCACCGACCGUCUCACCGACUCUUCCGGCGUCGCUAGCCACAUUGGCAGCGUAUGUCUCUCCGACUAUUCCGGCGUCUCUUGCCACGCUAGCACCGGCCGUCUCACCGACUCUUCCGGCGUCCCUGGCCACACUAGCACCGGUCGUCUCUCCAACUCUCCCGGCGUCCCUGGCCACACUAGCACCGGUCGUCUCUCCGACUCUCCCGGCGUCCCUGGCCACAUUGGCACCGUCCGUCUCUCCAACUCUCCCGGCGUCCCUGGCCACAUUGGCACCGGUCGCCUCACCGACUCUCCCGGCGUCUCUGGCCACACUAGCACCGGUUGUCUCACCAACUCUCCCGGCGUCCCUGGCCACACUAGCACCGGUCGUCUCUCCGACUCUUCCGGCGUCCCUGGCCACAUUAGCACCGGCCGUCUCACCGACUAUUCCGGCGUCCCUGGCCACAUUGACCCCGGUCGCCUCACCGACUAUUCCGGCGUCCCUGGCCACACUAGCCCCGGCCGUCUCUCCGACUCUCCCGGCGUCCCUGGCCACACUGGCACCGGUCGUCUCACCGACUCUUCCAGCGUCGCUGGCCACAUUGGCACCGGUCGUCUCACCGACUCUCCCGGCGUCCCUGGCCACACUAGCACCGGUCGUCUCUCCGACUCUCCCGGCGUCCCUGGCCACAUUGGCACCGGUCGUCUCUCCGACUCUCCCGGCGUCCCUGGCCACACUAGCACCGGCCGUCUCUCCGACUCUCCCGGCGUCCCUGGCCACACUAGCCCCGGUCGUCUCACCGACUAUUCCAGCGUCCCUGGCCACAUUAGCACCGGCCGUCUCACCGACUAUUCCGGCGUCUCUGGCCACAAUAGCACCGACCGUCUCCCCAACUAUUCCGGCGUCCCUGGCCACAGUACCACCGACCGUCUCUCCGACUCUCCCGGCGUCUCUGGCCACAUUAGCACCGGUCGUCUCACCGACUGUUCCGGCGUCUCUGGCUACGUUAGCACCGGCCGUCUCUCCGACUGUUCCGGCGUCGCUGGCCACAUUGGCACCGACCGCGGUACCACCCACCGCCGUGGCGCCCUCAGCGUCAGUGUCAGUACCACAGGUUUCAACAUCAGUGGCCCCAGCAUCUACCCCAGCCGUCACCGCAACCGCCCCAGUUAUCUGUGCCCCAAUCUGUGGGGUUCUAGCCUCCUGCGUCCUCAGAAAUGACACAGCGCUGUGCGUCUGUAACUCAGGCUUCCAAGGAAACGGCUUCACGUGUAGUGAUGUUGACGAAUGUUCCACCAACCCCUGCACGGGUCCGAAUGAGCGCUGUAAGAACAGACCGGGCAGUUAUGACUGUGUCUGUCUUCCUACUUACAUCAGGUGGGGAUCAGCGGACAACUGUACAGCAACAAGCAGGCACAAUGUGGACGCCACCUACAAGGAUACUUUUGAUUAUGAUGCCGAAAAACACGACGAAAAUAGCGCAGGCUUCCAAGCAGAGAGAGACCGGCAUAUCGGCGAGUUCGACAGCCUAGUAGACGGUUGGGUGGCCAGUGUCCCAGGUGUGGAGAAAGUUGCCACGUCAUUCAACAAUUUCCGGAGCGGGAGCCUCAUCGCCAAUAAUGACGUCAUCUUGGCGGGAACGCCGCUGUCUAGUGCGCAGGUCCAGGAGGGUCUGAACGAUCGAAUCAACGCUGAUGCGAACACAAACUUUAAAAGUGUCACAGCGAAACCGUACGAUUAUUGCGGCGAUCCCAACACACAGGAUAAGUGCUACAGUCAGGACUACUGCACCAACACGGACAAAGGCGGCUUCACCUGUCAGUGUCCCCCGACUCAUCUGGACGAUUCCCCCGCUGACCUACCCGGGCGGGACUGCAGCAUAAACAGAGUUCCCAUCAUUCUCGGCGUGGUGGGCGCUGCCCUGCUGUUGUUCCUUCUCGUCCUUCUCGCCCUGAAAAGCACCAAAUACAGAAAGCGGAAAGUUUGGGCUCCAAAAUCAAAGUCUCGCCAACAGGGAGAUAUCCAGACCGGAGACAUGGUGUGGGCCCGUGAGGAGGGCCGGUCUCUGCGUUGGCCGGGACGGGUGGUGUCUGACGGGGACCGGGGAGACGCCAUGUGGGUGCGCUGGACUGGGUCAGGAGGCUACUCCAAGGUGAAACAGAAGAAGAUCGCUCCGUUCUACCAGUUUGACCAGUAUUUUGACAGGACGGCGUACCACAACCUGCCAGCCUACCGCAAGUCUGUCAACGAUGCACUUCGGACGAUGAACAUGCCUCUGGACGGCGCCGCGUCGCCAGUCCCCACGAGCGAGGACACCGGGCAGACGGAGGACGUCCCACCCCGGCCCGCCGCCAACCCGCUGCUGCGCCCGAAGGGGGUUCCGCACCUGCAGGUGCCAGUCAACGGGAACGGGGCGGGGCAUCGUCAUGCCAACGGUGACGCACAGGGUGAUGACGUGUCCAGCAAGGAUUCAACCAUCGACAUGGACUGGACACGUAUCAGGACGAGCAAGCGGUUUGCCCCGAACGUGGCUCCGCUGACGUACACGAAGAACCAGGAGGACAUGUAUCUGCCCAUGCGCGAUCGGGACGAGGACAGCGCGUCUCACAACUUCGUCACCUCCAGCGUCUCCCAGCGUCUUAAGAAAACCAAAGGCGGCGACUUCGUCUUGUUGAACUUCGAGAACAAGUCCACCCUGUGAUACCAAACUUUUCUAUGACCAUAUUUGGUAUAGGAGAGUGAGAGCCAAUAGGCAUACAGAAGUUUUCCGUGCGAUUGUCUGAUUGGUCAAUUCGAUGGCGGAGGUUCUGCUUGCUGAUUGGCUGCUUUAAGCUUCAGCGCGAAAUAGGACUUA